AUGUCCCAGGUCAUAGAAUCCCACGUGCUGCGUGUUGGGCAGACUGUGUGCAUUUCCUCACCCGAGGAAAGCAAGAGCCUGCACCCAGCCGGGUACCCCAGGCUGCCGGGCAAGUACGUCUACUACUCCACAGAAACCUGGACUGACCCCCCCUCCAUGGUGCACCCCAAGGCUCACCUGCUCCCCAGGUAUGGAGCCCAGCCCCUGCCAGAGCAUCUGGCUGCUCACACGCAGGGGAAGGACCAGCAGAAUUCCUCCUUGGAGAGACCCCCUGUGCUGAGCCAGCCAAAGGAGGAGGAGAACGGCAGCACGGACCCUGAGGACCAGCCAGUGUCUCCCUCCCUGGAUAUAACCAUAGAGACUCUCAACAAGAUGAUCCUGGAGAUUGAUCCCACCUUCCAGCCACUGCCAUGCAGGCCAGUGAGGGCUGCAGGCCAGCCUGCUGCUCAGGGGGACACUGUGGCCACCAAGAAGCAGGAGCAAGAGGCAAUAGACAUCAAGUACAUAGAGCUGACACCAGGCAGAGCCACGGGGCCUGACCUGCCACAGGGCUCCCCCAGCCCUUCAGGCACCCCCUUCUCCAGGUCCCCUCAGACCAGCAGCUUCCUGCCCCAAAAAGGGGCUCUGGGAGGCAAAUACAGCUCUGGUGACAGCGUGGUUUUCUCCAGCCCACCCGGACCCCCGAGUCCCCAGCCGGCCGCGCUGAGCUGCAGCAAAGCACCCGAGAGCAGCAGCGCUCCCUGGCAGUGCCUGGCAGGACAAACAGACACAGCCGCCUGCAGCCCCGGGGCCCUCAGCACGUCCCCAGGUGUGGAGAACCUGCUGAAGCCCGUGCAGGUGCUGAGGGCCCAGCAGAGGGGCAGCUGGGUGUCCCAGCUCUCCACCAGCCCUGGCUCGGACACCAGCUACAUCCUGGGCAGCAGCACCCACUCGCUCCACAACGACGACUCCGACGCUUCGGCCGCUGCCUCCCUGUCCCCCUCCAGCUCCCUGGGCAGCCCCUGCUCCCCUUCCUCGGGCAUCGUGGCUCACCCCAGGGAGGCUUUGGGCCAGAGCUCCCCCCAGCCGCGGGCAGGGAGCUCCCCCAGCGCCUCCCCGGCCCAGAAGGGCCAGGCCAGCAGCUGCCCCCCCUCCAUCCUCACCUCUGCUGCCGACAUCCCGGUGCUGCUGGUGAACGGAUGCCUGGAACAAGGGGAUGGACCCCCCCCGAUGGCCAGAGCCCCCCCAAGCUCUGCCAAACAGCCCCCCCUGGCCGGCUGCAGCCCGGCCUUGAGGCUGGGGGGUCUGAACAACGCUCAGUCAGCGCCCACCCUCAGCUGCCUCUCAGACAGUCCCCUGAAGGCUGGGCAGCCCACCAUGAAGUUUGUGAUGGACACCUCCAAAUUCUGGUUCAAGCCAAGCAUCAGCAGGGACCGAGCAAUCCAGCUGCUGAAGGACAAGGAGCCGGGCACAUUCCUGGUGAGGGACAGCACCUCCUUCCGGGGCUCCUUCGGGCUGGCCAUGAAGGUUCCUGGAUCCCCCUCGGGCAGCCAGACAGGUGAGGAGAGCAGUGACCUCGUCAGGCACUUCCUCAUCGAGUCCUCCACCAAAGGGGUUCACCUGAAGGGCGCCAGCGAGGAGCUGUACUUUGGGAGCCUCUCUGCCUUCGUCUACCAGCACUCCAUCACCCCUCUGGCGCUGCCCUGCAAGCUCAGCAUCCCCACCCGAGAUCUCGCUGAUGGAUUGGACAGCCCUGACUGCGCUCCUGAACCUGCCCCGGCCCUGGCCAGGAAAGCUGCAGUGUGCAACGUCCUGUACCUCAACUCGGUGAACGUGGAGACGCUGACAGGAGCCCCAGCCAUCCUGAAGGGCAUCUCCUGCACCUUGGAGCUGGAGACGCUGCCCACCCCAGCCCUGGUGCACUUCAGGGUGACGGAGCAGGGCGUCACGCUGACCGACGUCCAGAGGAAGGUGUUUUUCAGGCGACACUACCCCUUGGCUGCCAUCAGGUUCUGUGGGAUGGACCCUGAGAACAGAAAGUGGCAGAAGUACUGCAAGUCCUCCAGAAUCUUCGGGUUCGUGGCCAAAAGCCAGACAGACUCGGAGAACCUCUGUCACCUGUUUGCAGAGUACGACACCGUGCAGCCCGUGUCCCUUGUCAUCGACCUGCUCCGCCAGCUCCUGCCCAGCCCAUAG